AUGUCUGCACCCCAUGCCAGACAGUCCCGGGGCUUGUCCAUGAGCGUCAUCACCAGCAGAAGUAGCAGUGGCACUAGCAACAUAUCAGCGGCUUUUUUGGAGCCGGAGGAGGGUAUGAUCCUGGAGGUGCCCAACCUGCGCGUUUUCACGUUCAUCGAGCUCAAGGCCGCGACCAGGAAUUUCAAGCCCAACAACCUACUUGGUGAGGGCGGGUUCGGGCGGGUUUACAAGGGCUGGGUCGACCAGAAGACGAUGAACCCCAUGAGUAGCGGCAUUGGCAGCGCCAUGGUUAUUGCCGUCAAGAAGCUCAACCCGGGGAGUAGACAGGGUCUUGAAGAAUGGCAGUGUGAGGUGAACUUUCUCGGGAGGAUGUCGCAUCCGAACCUGGUGAGGCUGCUGGGGUACUGCUUGGAGGAGAGGGAGCUCUUGCUUGUGUACGAGUUCAUGGCCAAUGGGAGCUUGGAGAAUCAUCUCUUCAGAAGAGAAGGCGGCUCCGUCCACCCAAUCUCAUGGGCCCUGCGGUUACGGAUCGCAAUCGGCGCGGCACGCGGCCUCGCCUUCUUGCACUCGUCAGACAAGCAUGUCAUCUACCAAGACUUCAAGUCCUCCAACAUCCUCCUCGACACGCACUACAAUGCCAAGAUAUCCGACUUCGGCCUCGUCAGGAAUGGCCCGGCCGAGGGCGACAACCAUGUCACCACCCGCAUCAUGGGCACCUACGGCUACGCCGCACCGGAGUACGUCUCGACAGGUCACCUGUACGUGAAGAGCGACGUCUACGGGUUCGGCGUGGUGCUGCUGGAGAUGCUCACCGUUCUGCGCGCGCUCGACACGGCCCGGUCGGCGCCUCAGCUCAACCUCGUGAGUUGGGCCAGACCGUACCUGGCGGACUGCCGGAGGCUGCCGCAGCUGGUAGACCCGCACCUGGAAGGGCAGUACACGUCGAGGGCCGCCCUGCGAGCCGCGCAGCUCACCAUGAGCUGCCUCGCCGGCGACCCCAAGGAUCGGCCCUCCAUGGCCGAGGUCGUCGCGGCGCUCGAGAAGAUCGAGCGCGUGCAGCCGCCGCCGCCGCUGCCGCAGCACAGGCUCGUCUCGCCUCGGGCUGCCGCGGGGACCGUGCACGGGCUCGCGCAGACGCGUAUACCUACACGGCUACACGUACAGCUGUACUGCACUGAUCUUUCAAUUUCAACGUAAAUUUCGAUUUGUUUUUGUUGGCGUAUAGGUUAUGGUAGAUUAGAAUUUGUUAAUAUUGAUUGUAUUCUUUCCUCAUACGAUUUUUAUCUUAUCAGUAUGCGAGGCGUCUUGCACUUGUACUCUAUAUAUACUUGCCCUCAAGGCUCAAUCUUUCCCUAUCCCUAUCCCUAUCUAUAUCUAUAUCUAUACCUCUAUAUCUAUAUCUAUAUCUAUAUCUAUAUCUAUAUCUAUAUAUAUAUCUAUAUCUAUAUUUAUAUAUACCUAUACCUACUAAUAAAGCAAGGUGAUAUUCUUGGUUUCGUCCCGUGAUUAGUUUUUUUUCCAUUAGUUUUGGUCACGUACUAGCGGUCCGUCCGUCUGAUUUCACUCACGUACAAGGUGGUACUAAACGUUGUUUGAUCUCAGUUUUGAGUCCGUUGCAGGGUGCCUGGGCCUUAGCCUGCUUCGCUGGCUUUGGGCCGUGCCAGGGCAAAUUAUCCUGGCCCACCAAGGCGGCCGGUGCAAA